ACGUCCCGCGGCGGAUGGGGAGGGCGGGCGGGCCCCGGUGAUGGCGGAAGCGGAGGCCAAGAUGAAGCAGUUCAAUGGCGGCGGGGCCGGGCUGGACGCCGAGCGCGGCCGUUUCCCCUAUUGCGUGGUGUGGACGCCCAUCCCCGUCCUGACGUGGCUCUUCCCGAUCAUCGGCCACAUGGGUAUCUGCACGUCGACCGGAGUCAUUCGGGACUUCGCGGGGCCAUACUUUGUCUCAGAAGACAACAUGGCAUUUGGGAAGCCAGUGAAGUACUGGAAACUGGAUCCCAGCAAAGUAUACUCCACUGGUCCCAAUGCUUGGGACACGGCCGUACAUGAUGCCUCGGAGGAGUACAAGCACCGAAUGCACAACCUUUGCUGCGAUAACUGCCAUUCUCACGUGGCUCUGGCCUUAAACUUGAUGAGAUACGAUAACAGCACCUCCUGGAACAUGGUGAAACUCUGCUUCUUCUCACUCCUGUAUGGCAAGUAUGUAAGCAUAGGGGGAUUUGUGAAGACCUGGCUUCCCUUUAUCCUCUUCUUGGGGGUGAUCGUGACCAUUGUUCUGACACUUCAUUUGCGGUGAUGGCAGCUGUGAACUCCCCAUCCCGUGGGCACACGAAGGAAGAAACUGUGACUGAUCCAGCAAGAUGGAGGCAUGGGACUCUGGGAGGCGUUUUCUGGGGAAGGUGGCAACUCCACUCCAUUGUAACAGCUCAUCUUUGUUUCCUGGAACUGGCUUCUUUUCCUUCUGUUUUUGUCCUGUCGAUGGUGUCUCCCAGUGUCAGGGGUCCCGAAGCCUCCUGCUCUCUCCCUGAACACGCUCCCUUUCUGCAGUUUGGUAGGUAGAAACGCGCUCAGGAGAGGAGCGGCGUGGGCACCUUUGCUUUCAGUGCCAAGUAAAAAGCCACAAGGCAAACCCUGCCUCCUGCUUCAGGAGCACGAGCAGAUACACCUUGUAAGGUUCUCUCUGAUUACCUGGUUUCUUCUUCUUGGCAGACCUCAUCAGAUGCUUCCUCAGAUUUCCCGAGUCUCCAAGAAGUUGUAGUUGUUUCCCUGUUGCGCGAUUCUCCUGCAGCACAUGUCUCAGAGUGGAGGUGUGGGGUUCCUCGUGGGGACGCGCGGUGCCACGGCACUCGCUGGCGGUCUCCCCGGUACGGAUGGAAAGGCGUUGGCGGUGGGACGCUCCUCUGAGGAGACGCGCAGAGGAACGCUCUGUGGCAGGGCAAAUACAUCUGGUCUUGCCGGUGAGCCCAGAAAGGCAGGAAAGUCGAUCGACUGGCUUGGGUAUGGCUCAUGGCAGUCUGCACACUUUCAAUAGCUUGUUGCAAAAUUGGGAGUCUGCUGCUAAGUCCCUUUUAGCUUGUGCCAGAAAAAAAUACAGCUCCCCUGCUUCUCCUUGUGCUCAGAAUAUCUAAAAUUGUCGUUAACGCUUCUCACGAGCCACUUUCUUAUGAGCCACUUACUUUCCUUUGGUCCCUAGUACUUUGUUGCAGCACACCUGAGCCUGCAGAGGUGGCAGCAGCAGCAGGUACACGUUUCUGGGACAGAAGGCGUAGCACAGGGUUUUGAAAGCAUCCAUGAGAGCAGCACCUGAGACCUGAGCUUAGUGGGGCCAUCAGAGAUUAAAAGAAAAGGUGAAGGGACUGGAAAGCAUCCGUAUUCUGGCUGGGCUUUGCAGCAGCAAACUGGGGCACUGGCUUUCCUGCGGCUGCUUCUGGGAGGGUGAGCAAGAAGGUCUGCUUACUUCCUUGGCGUGCUUUGAAGAGCACACCUGGAGCAAAAGCAGGACUGACUUUGAUGUGAGAGGUGUUGGGCUGGCAGCAGUGGGGGCUGACGGGCCUUUUGAGCCCUGGAUCAGGCAGGAUGCGUAGUAGGGGGUAGGUUGUUCUUGAGUGCUAGGCAGGAAGUGAAUUUGGACACGACCCAGAGCCUCUCCCAGGGUGAGAGGUCCAGGUCUGUUUGCUGAGGCUCUGGCCUGCAGAUGCUGCUUUCUGUGGGGCUCUGAGCCAAGUGGCUUUUUAGAAGAAGCGUAGCUGAAGGGUUAUGUGCAGUUGAGCUGAUCUCCUCUGACUGCAGAGGGAGAAGAGCCUUUCCACGCAUGCCUUGAAAGGCCAGCUCUUUACCCUGCUACCUGAUGGAUUUCAACCGCAAGGAAUGCUUGUGGCCAGCAAGAAAGCUCUUCUCCACUGCCUGCUGUCCCUGUGGCUUCCUCUGACUGGGAAGUACCUUCACCAUCACCGUGCUGGCUUUCAGACUUGUCCCCGUGUGCCUUCCCAUCCACAACCAUCUCCCCAGCUCCUCUAGGCAUGGGGGACUCCUCUUCGGCUUCUUGAUUUCUGCAUUUCCUCCUUUUCCUCAGUCGCUUUUAAAUAGCCCCUUAAAUCUCUCCCUCCUCCCUGGCAUCCCUUUGUCUCUCUGUCAUCUGGUGUCAGCUUUUCUGGGGUGGGUGGAGGAGCCGUGCAGACCUCGGCACCCUUCCUCGUCUACCUGGAACUGAAAUAGUCAUCAGUGUCUGUGCUGUGCAGUCAUUUCAAGCCUGUACGGCGAGCAGGCUGGAGGGUGCUGGGCCUGAGGCUGAUUAGAAGGCCAAGAUCUUGAUCAAAGAGAACCUUACAAUGAAAGGAUGGUGUCUUACCGAGCUACCCUGUGUUGCUGCGGUCUCCGCCCAGCGAGCCUCCUGCCUAAUGUGCCCUAGGACAAGCCAGCUGAACGGGAGAGAUUAGUCCUUUGCCUCUGUUUUUCAUUUAAGUAUGAUUUCUCAGAGUGACCUGCCAAGGAUGCUCUCAGAGUCCCUGGCCCCAGGGCUGAAGCCAACCUGUCUUACGCAGUAGCAAUAACCUAGAGACUCUUAGGCCUGUCUCACACGUUGAUUCAGUGUUUUAUCAAUAAGCUAUACAAGCGUUGCCAAAGCUGAGACUUCGAGUUGUCGGGGGAGGCUGGGAGCAGGGCUGCUGGCCACAGUCCCCGCUCCUGGGACUUCUGGAAACAUGUUGAGUGCCAUUCCCCACCGUGAAAAUCCUUGUCGUUUGCUCCUAACGCUUUUACCAGAUCUGGGAUUCGAACGGAGACUUAUCGAGCAGCAGCAAAAGAGCCUCAUAGUCGGAGCGCUAGCUGCUGGCGAAGGAGGGCGGCGCUUCGCCCAAGGCCUGCCUGAACACCCGCUUCCACCGACAGACGGAGGAUGACUCCGGGCAUCUGAAGAAAACACGGCCAACAGGAGAGCAAGGCCCAAAGCUGAGGUACCGCAGAGCCAGCCCAUGCGUCUGCGCCGGACAUGCGAAGCUGUCGGUACUCACGCAAUGAAGGACAGUGCCCGCAGGUGCUGGGAGAGGCGGGUGGGCUGCUUGGAUUUACUGUUUUCCUGCGCUGCGGCAGUGUCAGCCCAGCGCUGCGGGAGUGUGGAGAGACCCCGGCAGUGCUCGGCGUGGCUUCCCAGCAGCGCCGCAGCUAGCAGCUCCGGUCGUGUGGGGAGUGGGCUGCUUCCUCUGGGCGUGGGAGGCGGCAGAAGGGCGGUGGGGGAGGUAAGGAAUGUCCUCUCCUUGCAGCUUCCUUCAUCUCACCACCGGCUUCUUCGCAGUGCCCCUUUGACUACCCACAUCAAAGGUUCACCCUGUCCUUCACCUUCCAGACACCAGUUUUAUGCUCCUCUCCCCUUCGCACGUGCUUGUGCUGCAGAGCUCUGUGGCGUUGCUGUUGCUCUUUGGCGAGGGCGAGCCCUCCGUACCCUCAUCCUUUGUUCUCUUGAUCUCUGUGGGGCGCUGGAUUACUUUGUAAAUAUUUAAACUCUGCUUCUGUGGUUUCAUAAUCCUGACGGUAGGGGAAAUAAACUUAUUUCUGUGGAUGUCUCCAA